AUGCCUGCAGAGCUUCCGGGAUACUACUAUGAUGCAUCGGCAAACCGUUACUUCAAGAUUCAACCGAAUCACAUCGCACCUUCUGGUGCCAACUACAGCCGUCAGGCAGUCAACGCUCAGAAAGUCAUACAAAAGUCUCAGCGUCGUGAAGAGGAAUCCCAACUCAGCAAGCAGUCGGCAACUGUUUCACGUUCGAGCGUGUUGAAGAAUCCUCUCCUCAACUUUGAGCGGCGCUUGGGAAAACUGUGUGUUGGCACGAUUGUUGCCGAGUACUACGCAGCAAGCCUCAAGGGAGCAGAUGCAAUUGCCACGAGGCUCAAGAAUGAAACAGACCACCGGUUUUCCGACGGCUCAAUCAAGAAAUUUGCGAUCGCACGUGGAUCUGGUGCCUUGUUGGCAGCCCUGGCAGGCCCCCAUGUGCAUGAAGUUGCGUAUGUUUCCACCAUACCUCGUCGAGGUCGCCCUUUGCUGGUAGGAGACCUCCCCGAGCAAGUCCAGAACUGGUCCACUUGUAACAAUGAAGACCUCGAAGGACGUCUUUAUGAUGUCAGGCAGAAUCAUACAAUUCAUUACGCGUAUCACAUGCGGGAAGUUUGCUGCAUCGUCGCCAACCCGUACAAUUCAGUCUGUUGGGCUACUGUUAAUCCGGAGGGGGACUCAGAGUUCGGCAUUACGCACUACGAUGAAAGCUUCUUGCCCAACGUACGUUAUGCCAUCCGUGGCAGCCAGAUAAUGGAUUUGGCAGUAUCGCCUACAUCUGGCUCUGUGGCUAUGGCCACAAGCGACGGCAUCUCAAUCUAUUCCAGCUUCGACAAGGUAUUCAGUGCCAAUCUACGCCAGACCCCGGUCCGUGGGGAACAGAUGGUUGUCGAGUUCAGAGAUGAAUGGGUCGUGAUGAGCGGCGCUCGAAACGGAAGACUCGUGCUCUGUGACGUCCGAUCGCCGGAUAAUAUGUCAGCUGUUUUCCGCAUCCAACAUUCUAGCGCUAUCAGUGGCCUCGCACCUAUGCCGGAUGGACAUCAAAUUCUCGUCAACGGACUUCUGGAUAUGAACAUCUACGAUCUUCGCUACGCGCCGGCCCCUGUUCGCAGCGAAUCGCCACGUAAGGUCUCUAAGUCUCGGUCUCGAUCCAAACGCCCAGCACACUACGCUCCCACGACUCCGGUGCUGACAUUCAACGUCCCCGAGGUUCGGCACCAGAAUCAAUACGGCCUUGGUUUCGCGUACGACCCGGAACUCAACGUUGUGGUUCGUGCGUCGACCGACCACGUUCACAACCACCGCGUGGGCAUUUGGUCGGCGUCGUCUGGACGCUUAUUGAAGAGCCCCCUCAAUGAGCACAAGUUCACCGCGCCGGUGACGUGUGCGCAGAUAGACAGGGUCAGGGACGGGCCAAAGAGUAUCCUCCUCGCCAGUGACGGACUAUUAACUGAGUGGUGUGUCCAGGGGAGAGGAUUUGAGAACGAGCAGGAAAUCGGGCCUUGA